AGUAUAUAGUUCCUGUAUAGGAGGAAGUGGAGGAGAUGGUUGAAAGUGUGGAUAUGGAUGGAAUUGGGAGUAUAUAUAGUUCCUGUUUACAUUGGAGUAAGUGAAGGAGAUGGUUCAAAGAGUAGAUAUGGAUGGAAGUGGGAGUAUAUAGUUCCUGUAUAGGAGGAAGUGAAGGAGAUGGUUGAAAGAGUGGAUAUGGAUGGAAGUGGGAGUAUAUAUAGUUCCUGUUUAUAUAGGAGUAAGUGAAGGAGAUGGUUCAAAGAGUAGAUAUGGAUGGAAGUUGGAGUAUAUAUAGUAUCUGUAUAGGAGGAAGUGAAGGAGAUGGUUGAAAGAGUGGAUAUGGAUGGAAGUGGGAGUAUAUAUAGUUCCUGAAUAGGAGUAAGUGAAGGAGAUGGUUGAAAGAGUAGAUAUGGAUGGAAGUGGGAGUAUAUAUAGUAUCUGUAUAGGAGGAAGUGAAAGAGAUGGUUGAAAGAGCGGAUAUGGAUGGAAGUGGGAGUAUAUAUAGUAUCUGUAUAGGAGGAAGUGAAGGAGAUGGUUGAAAGAGUGGAUAUGGAUGGAAGUGGAAGUAUAUAGUUCCUGUAUAGGAGGAAGUGAAAGAGAUGGUUGAAAGAGUGGAUAUGGAUGGAAGUGGAAGUAUAUAUAGUUCCUGUAUAGGAGGAAGUGAAAGAGAUGGUUGAAAGAGUAGAUAUGGAUGGAAGUGGUAGUAUAGAGUUCCUGGAGUUUCUUCUAUUAAUGGGUAAAAUAUUGCAAGAAACUCCUUCUACUGAUGAUCUGAGAAGUAUAUUUACAGUAUUUGACAAGGAUAUGAGUGGGUUUGUCUCCAGUAGUGAACUAAAGUACGUGAUGAGUCAACUCGGAGUAAACUUCUCUGACGAGGAAAUCAUAGAGAUGAUUAUAGAGGCUGACACUAAUGGGGAUGGUCAGACUGGUUCUUGGAGUAGAAACCUUCCUUCUACUCAGGUUGUAUAUUGUAUAGGGUCAGGUCCAGUUAUCAAGGAUAGAUCAGAUACGUCUAGGGGUAAAUACAACCCGGAGAUGUUCAACACAAAUACCUGUUCUCUUGAACAGACCCAACUCUGA